GGCAAGUUGUAGCUGCUGAUGAGGUAGGCGAUCACGAAGGAACUGCUCCUGGACACGCCCGCGUAGCAGUGCACCAGAACUCCUCCCUUGCGCCUGCCCUCGGCGACCAGCCGGACGACCUCGUCGAGCAGCUAGACGGGAAGCUUCUGCUGCUUGUUGUCGUGGAUGUCGUAGAAGUGGUGGUCGACGUCCUCCUGCAGCUUCUACUUGUUGGGCAUGGCCUCAGUGCCGAUCGAAAUUAUCGUGCGUAUCUUGUUCGGCUUGAGGAUGGAGAGGUCCACUGCCGAGUUACAGUCCCCCAGCACCAGCGCUCCCAGCUCGUCCCUCUCCGGCAGGAUCACGUUCCCCGGCAGCAAAAACGAUCUCUACAUCAAAACGUAAUUUACACCUUAGUAAGCGGUCUGGAUUACCAGCUGCUGCCGGGCAACCCUGAGUUCCUGUAGCCUGAGAACGAGGAGAGCUACCCAGUCUUCGAGCCCAAGCAGUAUAUUCUCGAGUAGGCUAUUAAGAAGGAUAUCCAAAUCAUCAUCUUCAUGAACACGCUGCUCAACAAGAUCGUAUACGACCAGCAGGACGCGCCCCUCAGCAAGGGCAUCGACCCCAAGGCCCACGGAGUCGACAUGCUGCCCUUCUACGUCCCCGCCUCCGAAAACGACACCACGCUGGUCUUCGAGGCGAGGUUCUAGACGGGCAACCUGCGCAGGGCCAUCCAAAUCCUGGAAUUCGAGUACCAGAUCAUCCUGAGGGCCGACUGGAACACCACUUCCCACACGCAGUGGUACUAUUUCUCAGUGGCCAACACCCGCAAGGACGUGGAGUACAAGUUCAUGAUCAUCAACCUGAUGAAGCCGGACAGCCUCUACAACAGCGGCAUGAAGCCUCUCUUCUACUCCGAGAAGCAGGCCAAAAAAAAGUAAGGGUGGCACUAUCAAGACAUCGGCUGGUACAGGGACGGCUACGAUAUCUGCUACUACCAGAACAACCUGAAGCGCAAGAACGGCGACUUCUUCCACACCCUCACCUUCUCCGUCAAGUUUGUGUACCGCCUGCCUUAGAAAGACGACUGCGAUACCGUCUACAUCGCCCACUGCUACCCCUACACCUACUCGCGCCUGCAGAACUUCCUCAAGGAGGUGGAGACGGACCCCAAGCGGAAGCACCUGGUGCAGAGGAAGACCCUGUGCCAGAGCGUGGCCGGCAACAACUGCGACUACCUCAUCAUCAGCGACUUCAACAACGGCAAGGAGAAGAAGGGCGUGUUCCUGACGUCGCGGGUGCACCCCGGCGAGCCCAUGUCCUCCUACGUCAUCGAGUACAUCAUCGAGUACCUGCUGAGCAACUCCAACAUCGCCAAGAUCCUCAGGGAGAACUUCAUCUUCAAAAGUCCCAUGCUCAAUCCCGACGGAGUCAUCAUCGGCAACUACCGCUGCAACCUCAGCCUGGUAGACCUCAACCGCCAGUGGAUCGACCCCAACAAGAAGUUCCACCCCACCAUCUACCACACCAAGCAGCUCAUCAAGCGCAUGAAGGAGGAGAGGGACUUUGUCCUCUACUGUGACUUCCACGGCCACUCACGCAAGAAGAACUGCUUCAUGUACGGCUGCAACAAGGACGCUUCCAAGAAGGAACAGAUCUUCCCCGCCAUCGUCAAGACCAACUGCAACACCUUCUCCUUCAAGGACUGCUGCUUCCUCAUCCAGAAGGACAGGGAAGGCGCCUCCAGGGUAAACCCACUCGCUACGCAGAUCGCCCUCUGGAAGGAACUCAACAUCACCAACUGCUUCACCUUCGAGAUCUCCUUCUGCGGACCAGACACCGGCAAGUACGAGUUUCGCCACUUCAACCUCUCCAACUACAGGGACAUGGCCGACAAGUUCUGCGAAUCGCUCUACGACUUCUCCGAGCCCGAGUCCGCGAAGGUGGCGCAGGCCAUCAGCGACCUCGAGCAGAACAUCCUGCGCAACGACAAGAACGACGACGACUCGGGCGGCGACGACUCGGACUACGAGACGAUGGACGUGCCGCCUCCGAACAGGGGCGAGAGCAAGGGCAAGGAGGAGAUAAAGCCGUCGUCGGGGAACAACCAGAUGAUCAUCAAGAAGAAAAUCGCCCCCGUCAACCUGCAGGUCAAGAAGAAGAAGUGA